AUGGGCUCCAUUGCUCCGACUCUGGCUGAGCUCGACGCUUCCGUGGUCAAGGUCACUCGAUCGACCAACCUUAGGGAGGUCCCUCUGCCUGGCUCUCCUGAAGAGCUGAGCCAUUCCUACUGCACUGACCAUAUGGUCACUGUUCGAUGGACAGUUGCCAAUGGCUGGGAGACUCCCGAGGUGAAGCCCUUCCAGAACCUCAGCAUCCCCCCUACAGCAUCCUGCCUACACUAUGCCACGGAAUGCUUCGAGGGUAUGAAGGUCUACCGUGGCUUUGACGGCAAGCUGCGUCUCUUCCGUCCAGACUGCAACGGUGAACGUCUGGCCAACAGCGCAACCCGUGCCUCUUUGCCUGGCUUCCGGUUUGAGGAGCUCAAGCGUCUUAUUGCGAAGUUGAUGCAGAUCGAUGGUCCCCGCUGGCUUCCCAAGGACCAACCCGGCCGAUUCCUCUACCUCCGUCCCACAGUGAUCGGUAACGGUCCCCAUCUGGGCGUCCAAACUCCCAAGGAGGCCCUUCUGUUCAUCAUCGCCGUCCCCUGGCCUGACCCAUCUAAUCUCAAGAAGACGGAAGGUGACGCACAGCCCGGUCUCAAGCUCCUCUCGUCCUCGCCGGAUUCUAUUCGCGCCUGGCCUGGCGGCUUCGGAUAUGCUAAGCUGGGAGCUAACUACGGACCUUCCCUGGUUGCUCAUGGAAAGGCCCAGGCUGUGGGUUUCGACCAGGUCCUCUGGCUCUUCGGAGAAGAUCGCCAGGUCACCGAGGCCGGAGCCAGUAACUUCUUUAUUAUCUGGGAGAAUCAAGAAACCGGCAAGCGGGAGCUUGUCACCGCACCUCUGGAGACCCAGUUGAUUCUCCCCGGUGUGACUCGUCGCAGUGUAUUAGAGUUGGCUCGUACACGGCUAGCUCAGCCUUUGGGUAACCUUGGUGCUCUGGAGGUUGUGGAAAGGGCAUUUACUAUUCGGGAUAUUGAGCAGGCUUGGAGAGAGGGUCGGAUCGUUGAGGCUUUUGUUUGCGGCACUGCUUACUUUGUUACUCCUGUGAAGCUGAUCAGGGAAGGCUCUCUGGAUAUGAACAUGCUUGAGGCCGGUGCGAAGCGUGCUGGAUACGCCGCGCAGAUCAAGUCAUGGCUGGAGGCUAUCAUGUUUGGCAAGGACGGCCAGGAGAACCACGAAUGGUCGUAUCUCAUUGAGAAUGAGAGCCAAAAAUAA